AUGGCUCAUGGUCAUUUUCGUCACUCGCGCCUCGGCAAUCUAAUUAGCGCAAGGCGCCGCCGGGAAGCUAAGCUGGAUGGCCAGGAUGCGGGCUCUGAUUUACUUGAGGAUGACACAUUUCAAAGCCCCAUCCUCCCAGCUACUGAUAUGCCUCCGGAGGAAAAUUGCGACUCGUCAAAAACCUCUAUGCGCCUUGAGCAUGGCAUGAACGAAUUUGAUUCAAUGCUUGAAAAGCGGGACGAGACGGCCUCCCCCGACCCUACUAGUAUCGAGACUGUACUGCAGAUAGUCGAUGCUAGCUCUCAGACCCCGCUUCAGUCGACUACUACUGACUUUCCGAUGACGGCAUCGGAUUCUACGUACGCCACUGACACUCUACCGAGCUCGGACAGCUUGCCUGCGAGUGCGGCUGCGAGCGUGACUACAACUGCAACUGCAAAUGAAAGUGAGAGUGCCUCUAUAGAUUUAGGGCUAUUAACCUCGCCGACAGCCUCUCCGCUAUCCGAGACCUCACUUUCAAGCACCUCUACGAACGUGGCCCAAACUUCUUCGACCACAAAUGCCGCAACCCAACUUCCAUCACCAUUAAGAUCUCCCUCAGCCGCAGUCAUCAGUUCACCUACAUGGAGUUCGACUCGCCUCGUCACUUCUUCUAUCUCUACGCCCUCUCUUACGACGACAUCAUCCCAGGUACACAAUCACUCGUCAUAUUCUGGUACCAGCUCCGACUCCAGUUCUAGUUCCAGUUCCACCUCGACAAGCUCGACUUCCAGCAGCUACACAACCUCUUCAUCAAAUGUAUAUGGAGGCUCUGAGUCAGCUGGCUCGCCGACUGGUACCGGGACCGCGCCAACUACGAGUGAAGCGCAGGGUUCGGGGCAGGGUUCGACAAGUAAUCCUGACACGCCUAAAAUCGUGGGUGGUGUAGUAGGAUCAGUUGCCGGUGUUGCUCUCAUUCUAUUUCUCCUAUUUUACUACCUCCGCCGCCGAGGGUUCUUUAUGGGGAAAAUGGGACGUCCCACCAUGUUAGGUGACGCAGCAGCUGGGGCUGGAUCAGGGGCUGGGUCUAGAGAAGUUGUCGAGCGGCGCGAAAGCAACGACCCUCUCUUCACAGCCUCAUACCUGGCCCCUGCAUUCAUGAAGCGCUGGCGCCAGUCAACGGCAACAACGCGGUCUGGAAGCACUGUCGACUCCGCCCCCAGCGAACGCGGGUUCCAAAAAAUUUCCGGCAGGAAGCUUCCUCCCGUCUUCACCCACGGUGGUGAUGGGUAUGGCGGCGGACUAGACGGCGAUUCUCCCACUAUACCAGGCUUCCCUGCCACCUCACCAGCAACCGGACCAAUUGGGUCAUCAUCCUUCUAUGCUCCGCCCCCUGCCCAGCCAUAUGGCAUGCCCCUAGACUCAAACUAUACCCGUGAGGUCGAGGAGCACACCCCACCAGCACAGCCCAACCCCGUGCACCUCCCUAUCUCCAGCGCCGUCAGUGUUGCCACUCCUAUCACCGUUACACCGGCCCAACCGAUUGCACAACCCCAGAGCGCAGUGCCCUUCGCGCCGCCGCGGCCGGAUGGGCUCGGCCGCAGUUUGCACAGUUUCGACGGGAGUCGAAGCAGCCGCUUCACUGAGGUUAUGGAUCAGUAA